UACAAGUUUUUCAGUGUAGUGUUGCAUGUAAAAUGUGAAUGUGCUGAAAGGCUUCUAUAGUACCUUUGAAUUACUGUACAGUAUAUUUAAAUCUGUCCACUAAGACCAAUUCUUUUCUCUAUAGAAAAAAUACAUUUAAAAUACAGUAGGUAAAGGGACCCCUGACCAUUAGGUCCAGUUGUGACUGACUCUGGGGUUGCAGCGGAGCUGGCGUACAGCUUCCAGGUCAUGUGGCCAGCAUGACAAAGCCGCUUCUGGCGAACCAGAGCAGCACAUGGAAACGCCGUUUACCUUCCCACUGUAGCGGUACCUAUUUAUCUGCUUGCACUUUGACGUGCUUUCGAACUGCUAUGUUGGCAGGAGCAGGGACCGAGCAAUGGGAGCUCACCCCGUCACGGGGAUUCGAACCGCCAACCUUCUGAUCGGCAAGCCCUAAGCUUUGUCCCGUGUCCCACAUUUAAAAUACAGGCCUUCAAUUCUGAAUAGUUGUAUGCGUAUACAGUGAGGAUUUGAAAGAAUUUCUCCAGACUUCUUCUGGACAUGCUAAUUUAUGCAUCUAUUAAAAUCUUAUUUGAAAGCCUACAAAUAGGUGACUAAGGGAUCUGUCAUCACUUUGGCAGUGUGGAUGUUUUGUCUUUGGCUCAGCUUGAGUGAGGCUAACUUUUAUACACUUAGACUGUGAAUAUUUUUUACUGUAUAUUACAUUUACAACCCCACCAUUCUUUCAAGGAUCUCAAGGUGUUGAACAUGAUUCCCCCUUCUCCAUUUUAUCCUCACAGCAGCCUCAUACGAGGUAUGUUGCACUGAGUGAUUGUAACUGGCUCAAGGUCACUCACUGAGCUUCAUAGAUGAGUGGGGAUUUGAGCCCUGGUCUCCCAGGUCCUAGUUCAACCCUAAUCGCUGUGUACGUUGGCUCUGAUCGACUAUUACUGACCGUUAUGACUGGAAUCCCAUCAGCGAUGAAAGCAAACCAAUUUCAUCUAUAAAAAUAUUUUUUCAACAAAUCAUAUAUGAAAACAAUUGAAAUCUAAUGCAGAUACAGUCUGUGGAUACAAAUCUCUGUGGAUACAAAGGGUCUUCUGUAGUCACUGAUAUCUAAUGGGGGGGGGAUGGAGUCCAAAAUAUCUGGUUCCCCACUACACUAUACUGGCCUUGAAUCUUCCAAAAGUGUGUCUGAUCAGGAUUCAGGUGGGAAAUGGUAACUCUAGCUGUGUUUGGUUUUGGAACCCUUUCAGUUAAGUGUCUGCAACCCCAGAGCUGAGCAAAUUUAUUUCAAGCUUCUUGAUAUAACAUCUUGACAUAUAUCAAAGAUCUUAGUUAAAUGGAGCUGCCUAGAAUCUAGAAACUAAAUGUGUAUAUUAUCAUAUUGUUGUUGUUGUUUAGUCGUUUAGUCGUGUCCGACUCUUCGUGACCCCAUGGACCAUAGUACGCCAGGCACUCCUGUCUUGCACUGCCUCCCGCAGUUCGGUCAAACUCAUGUUCGUAGCUUCGAGAACACUGUCCAACCAUCUCGUCCUCUGUCGCCCCCUUCUCCUAGUGCCCUCAAUCUUUCCCAACAUCAAGGUCUUUUCCAAGGAUUCUUCUCUUCUCAGGAGGUGGCCAAAGUAUUGGAGCCUCAGCUUCACGAUCUGUCCUUCCAGGGAGCACUCAGGGCUGAUUUCCUUAAGAAUGGAUAGGUUUGAUAUUCUUGCAGUCCAUGGGACUCUCAAGAGUCUCCUCCAGCACCAUAAUUCAAAGGCAUCAAUUCUUCGGCGAUCAGCCUUCUUUAUGGUAUAUUAUCAUAUUACCGUUUUAAAAAAUUCAUAUAGAGGUAACUUCCCCGUUGCACUCUUAAUGAAGCUUAAGAAAAGCACUAGACAUAUCAAGAGAUCCAACGCACCCUGGUCACCAUUUGUUUCAGCUCCUGCCAUCGGGACGGAGAUAUAGAACUAUGCAGGCAAGAACGAGCCGUCUCAGGAACAGUUUCUUCUCUAGAGCGAUUCUGGCCUUAAAUGGAAAGCCUGGACUUUGAAGUCAUCUUAUUUUACUUGUUAUUUGUAUUAUAUUUACUGUUUUUAAUUAGGUUUUGUAAUUUUGGAUUAUGCGGAAUGCUUUAUCUGAGUGGAUGUAGCAACCGAGUAAUUUCGUUGUUCCCGCAAGGGGACAAUGACAAUAAAGAUAUCUUAUCUGAUCUGAUCUUAAGGUCAUACAUAUAUAUCAAAAUUAAGCUGUGUUUCAUUAUGUGCUGAUGAUUAUCAAAUAUUGUCAUUGAACAUGAGUCCAUAACAGAAAAUUUGGCUGCUUUGUAUGUACCAUGAAGGGCAAUUGAGAAUUAUGUGCUAAAGAAUAUAGCCAACUUGUAUAUUUUCAGAAUAUUAUCUAUAGUAUAUGAACUUAAUGUAUCUGGUGUGAGCCUAGUUAUGAUGGACAUAUUGCAUUUGGUGUUCUUAGGGCUGGAGCACAUAACUACGUUUGCCAUGGCAGUGAUGCUGCUGAAAACAGGAGCAUGGAAAUUCAUAACAUGAUCGAGGAGGUCCACACAAAUUGAAAAAAAUUACCAGUCUCCCAAGUGCAUACUGACAGGAGCCUGCUUGAGGUGAAAACUCAUAAGUGAAAGGAGUAGACUCUGCAUUCUUAGUACAUUGGAGUCCUGCUCUACAACUAGCUUGGUUUUACUGCUUCGACUGCUUCAAUGGACCACAUUCAUGGGGCUUGGAAGGCUCUAACUGAUGGAAUUGGAUUAAAGGAUUCUGUCUUCAAUGGAUCCAACUGUAUUUCACCUACUAUUGUCCAGCAGUACAGCUAUCAGCGUAGAGCAUCUGAUGAUGGGAAACUUUCAGAUUCUUCCAAGACAAGCAAUACCAUUCGUGUUUUCUUGCCUAACAAGCAACGCACAGUGGUGAAUGUGCGUAAUGGAAUGACCCUUCAUGAUUGUCUCAUGAAAGCACUCAAAGUCAGAGGCCUGCAGCCGGAAUGCUGUGCUGUUUUUAGAUUACUUAAUGAACACAAAGGUAAAAAAGCACGGCUGGAUUGGGGUACAGAUGCUGCAUCCUUGAUUGGAGAGGAAUUGCAAGUGGAUUUCCUGGAUCAUGUUCCGCUUACGACACACAACUUUGCACGGAAGACCUUUCUAAAGCUUGCAUACUGUGACAUCUGCCAGAAGUUUUUACUAAAUGGAUUCCGGUGUCAAACCUGCGGUUAUAAAUUCCAUGAACACUGCAGCACAAAAGUUCCUACCAUGUGUGUGGACUGGAGCAACAUCCGGCAACUCUUAUUGUUUCCACACCCAAAUGUUGGUGAUACUGGUAUCCCUGCGCUACCUCCCUUAACGACUCGGCGAAUGCGGGAGUCCGUGUCCCGGAUACCUGUUAAUUCUCAGCACAGAUAUUCUACACCUCAUGCCUUCACAUUCAGCACAUCAAAUCCAUCACCGGAGGGCUCCCUUUCUCAAAGACAGAGAUCUACAUCAACACCAAAUGUCCACAUGGUCAGCACAACUAUGCCCGUGGAUAACCGAAUAAUUGAGAAUAACAGCCUGAAUGCUUCUCCCAGGUCCUGGUGCAGACGAUUCUGUUUAAGGGGAAGAGAUGCAAUACGUAGUCAGAGUGAAUCUGCAUCACCCUCAGCUAUAUCCGGAAGCCCCAACAAUACAAGUCCAACAGGGUGGUCCCAGCCUAAAACACCAGUUCCAGCCCCAAGAGAGAGAGCUGCAGGAUGUAAUUCGCAAGAAAAAAAAAUCAGAUCUCGUGGACAGAGAGAUUCAAAUUAUUAUUGGGAAAUAGAAGCAAGUGAAGUUAUGCUCUCUACCAGAGUAGGGUCAGGCUCUUUUGGGACUGUUUACAAGGGCAAGUGGCACGGAGACGUAGCAGUAAAGAUAUUAAAGGUGGUUGACCCAACCCCAGAGCAGUUUCAGGCCUUCAGAAAUGAAGUGGCUGUGCUAAGGAAAACCCGGCAUGUUAAUAUUUUGCUAUUCAUGGGCUACAUGACUAAAGAUAACCUGGCCAUCGUCACACAGUGGUGUGAAGGAAGCAGUCUGUAUAAACACCUGCAUGUCCAGGAGACCAAGUUUCAGAUGUUACAACGUAUUGAUAUUGCAAGACAGACGGCACAAGGAAUGGACUACUUACAUGCGAAGAAUAUAAUACACAGAGAUAUGAAAUCAAAUAAUAUAUUUCUUCAUGAAGACCGCACAGUAAAGAUUGGAGACUUUGGGCUGGCAACAGUCAAAUCUAGGUGGAGUGGUUCUCAACAGGUAGAACAACCUACUGGAUCCGUUCUCUGGAUGGCACCAGAAGUGAUUCGAAUGCAGGAUAGCAAUCCAUUCAGUUUCCAAUCAGAUGUGUAUUCUUAUGGAAUUGUACUCUAUGAACUGAUGACCGGAGAGCUACCUUAUUCCCAUAUUAACAAUAGAGACCAGAUCCCUCACCAGUCUGCAGGAGGUUCCCAUCUGGCAAGCAGCUUCCAUAUCAUUUUCAUGGUUGGUCGUGGUUAUGCAUCACCAGACCUCAGCAAACUCUACAAAAACUGCCCCAAAGCUAUGAAGAGACUCGUAGCAGAUUGUGUGAAGAAAGUCAGGGACGAAAGGCCUCUCUUCCCCCAGAUAUUGUCUUCCAUUGAAUUGCUGCAGCAUUCUUUACCCAAAAUCAACCGAAGUGCUUCAGAACCUUCUCUGCAUCGUGCAACUCACACACAGGACAUAAAUUCGUGCACGUUGACUUCGACAAAGCUACCUGUGUUUUAGGAGAUCUUUGCGUGCUGCCCACUGCUCUCCAAUAACAGUUCUAGCAGUUGUGCUUUUGAAUGCCUCAGUCUACAGGAUUGCAGAGCCAGCAAUGGGAUUCAGCUGGAUGCCAGUUUUGAGAAUGAGCUGCUAUGAAUUUCUACCGUUCUAAUCCUACAGGGACAAAAAACUCCAUGUUGCCUUUUUCUAUAGGUUAUCAUAUUGAAAUAGUUAAGAGACAGUAUACAAGAGGUCCUAUUACUAUUUUUUAUAGAUGCACUUGAGCCUUACUUUAUCUCAUAUGCAAAAAAACAGAAAAAGGAAAAAAAGAAAGAAAACAGGUUUCUUUGAAAUUGCAUUAUGCUGAAAUAGACUGGUAUUUUUCUAUAGCAAAAUAAUAGCUUAGCAUUUGAGGAAAGUCAAUGCAGAUGGUGCUGUUCUUCUGAUAUUCUAAGACUUUUGUGCCAUUCAGGCUGGAGGAAUUUUAACUAAAAUGGUCAUCCACAAAGAAGACUUAAGGGAAGAAGGGAAUUCAAGCUCUGGAAAGUUUCCACUUCUAAGCAUUUCUCAAGAUCAUGAAACGUUAAACACCAAUAUUAAGUCAACACAAAACAGUUUUGCACAUGUGGAAAAUGCUAAUUUUGAGGCAAGGAAUAUAUUAUAACUAGUACUGUCCAGAGAAAGAAGCUAGCACAAUCUUCGUACAAUCAUCUAACAGUAACAUAAGAAGCUUAUUGGGUACUUCAGACUUGUUUCUUGCGGCGCCCUGAGGGUCUGGUAAGAAACUAUAGUUUUUUGGGAGGAGAAGAGGCAAAAUAAGUAAUUCUGCUAGUAAAUUUCUGCAAGAUAAAGUCUGUUUUGAAACUUUUUUUCUGAGCUGCACUAUAAAGAAACUUGGCAUAUACAGGUUUUCCAUUGCUGAUUUGGGUUUUAAUUUUGUUUUCAUUGCCCCUCAGAUAAAAGCAUUUAUUGUAAACCCAGGUUCUUCUGAUUAUCUUAUUUUAAUAAAAUAAAUUAAAUUUAA